AAUGAAGAUACUACGGCAAUGGAAGAGCCACACAACCCAGAGCCUUCGAUGACGACCACAACUUCCCUCUUCUCCUCGAGUACUGGAUCGCACAUGCCGUCUUAGCCAACAGCAUUUUGGGCAUAAAACAAACAAACACCUCGUUUCUCAUCCGAUUUCUUCUUCUUCUCCCGAACACCACCCAACCCCAUCCACAUUUUUUGGACCACUGCAGUCGUUACCACAAUCAUCUCAUCAUUUUGCCAGUCGUCAUCGAAGUCAACAGCUCGCCUCACGACUCACAACUGACUGUCUCUCGUUUCUCUUGAGUCCCUGUCCGAGCACAACCAAGAUGCAUACCUCCACCAUGCUCGCCACCGUUCUGUCCGCCAUGGCCCUCGCCAGCCCCGUAACCAAGCCCAAUGCUGAGCCCGAUCAGAAUCCCGUCCUCCAAAAACCCAUCUUCAUCAACCCCAUCAUCGGCCCCACUUUCGUUGACCCUGUCAAUGGCCACCCCAUCUUCGUUGACCCCGUCAUCGACGACACCGUCCCUACGCACGUGAAGCGGUCCAACAAUCUCUUGAACGAGGUCGACAGCUUGCUCACAUGCAUUCGGAAUGACGAUGAAUUGAAGCCUGACUUCAGCGAAGCGCCUGAUGGCAUCUUUUACGCCAGCGACGUCCACCCUGCUUGCUGUCAGCAGGCGAAGGCCCUCUACAAGUCGUUUCCAGAUGGUCAAUUUGGGCAUGCCGGCUUCAAUGAACCUUGCGAUGAAGUUAUUGUCACUGGGCUCACCAACACCCAAAUGAACGUGCUUCGCGGCAUCUUUUCAGGCGAGUGGUGAAGGACUUCUGGGGACAAGGCGAUGGAUGGGGGACUCACAUCGAGGACAGUGAGGAUGACCAGCAUGGAUGAGUACUGUACCUAACUACCGCUGGCAUGAAUCCUAAGACAAUCUGCCUUGAUCGUCAGACACCCUUGCCUGCACCGUGAUGCUGUUAUCACGCAAGAAUCCAUCCUGCAAGAGGCUGUCCUCUUCUUAGCCAUCCCGCCUGAGGCCAUCUCAUAGUAAGCCACCAGUUUGAUGGCUAUGCCAUAAGAGGGCGUUGACAAGGACGCUGCCGGACCCUGGUCCCACAGAGCACCAAACUAAUAAGCACCCCACACCGCAUCCAAAACACACACUUCGGCUCCAAACAGGAACACACCGGCGCGCAGGAACGUUGCAUCCCACACCCCACGUGCCCAGCAGCCACACAUCGGUAGGCCAGAAAAAAGUGUGUUUCGCGUUCACAGCCCUACCCACACACAAGAGAGACGGGGCCCCGCCCGAGGAGAAAGACACACACGCACACGCUAGGCCCGGCUACCCCGUCCGAGCUGCCAGGACGCACAGCCGGGGCACACAGCACAGGCUCAGGCCUCGCCCGCCCUCAUUGGCCUUGCGGCAGCACGGACUUUUGGUUUGGUCUUGACAUCACAUUGUUCCCAGGGGUUUCGAAUCGAAGUGUGGGUCUAGACCGCUGAGCUCAGGCCCUUCUUUUUUCACAUGUCGGUGAUGGUGAUUAUUG